AAUUUGAGUAGAUUUAUUUAUUAAUUAUUAGUCCAUAUUAUUUAUUAAUACAAGUCUGAAUUGUUAAAGACGAUGAUGCAUUAGCAUUUCCUUAACAGUUUGAAUUUUAGAGAGAGAAGUAGAAGCAGAGAAGGAAAGGGGAAAGGGAUGCUGUGCAGAAUGAUAUCGAGGAAGACGAAGCAAGGCAAAAUUCCGGUUUAUCUUAAUGUUUACGAUCUAACUCCUAUCAAUGGCUACGCUUACUGGUUUGGUCUCGGCGUUUACCAUUCCGGCGUACAAGUGAAUGGAGUUGAAUACGCCUUUGGUGCUCAUGAACGUCCUACAACUGGAAUAUUUGAAGUAGAACCAAAGAAAUGCCCUGGUUUUACAUUCAGAAAGUCGAUUUUGAUUGGAAAGACAGACAUGGAUCCUAAAGAGGUGCGUUCACUAAUGGAGAAACUUGCAGAUGAGUAUUCAGGAAACACCUAUCAUCUUAUCACCAAGAAUUGUAACCACUUCUGCAAUGAUGCAUGUCUCCGGUUGACAGAAAGACCAAUUCCUAAUUGGGUUAAUCGACUUGCUCGUCUAGGUUUCUUUUGCAAUUGUGUUCUUCCUGCUGGUUUGAAUGAGACUAAGGUGCGGCAAGUCAGAUCAGAAGACAAGGCGUUGGAAAAGAAGAAGUUGAGGAGCCAUUCGACGCGUUUCAUAUCUUUGCCUAGUCCUGGAGCUUCACUGUCACAUUCUCCUUCUGCUUCAACAACAUCUACAAGAGGUACCAAACAAAGAUCUGAUACUCGUACUUCUUCUCUAAAGAACUAGAGGCAAUCUGAUUGCCGUCUUAAGAAAAUCAUUUGUAUACUCUAUUUUUUUUUUCUUGGAGAAAAACAAAAAUGAAAAUUUCCCCUACACAUAGAAAAAGGCCAAUAUGUUUCCUCCUUUGAACUCACUAAAAUGUUGGUCAUGUUUCCCAGAAUAUCCAACUUAUUCUUGUAAGUUAAAAAAAAAAGGAGUUCAUUCUAAAAGGGAAGAUUUGAUUUGUUUUAAACUCAAAAGGGAAUGUUAGAUCUCUUUGUAUGUUCACAAAGAAGUUUAUUAUCCCCCAGAGUCAUAAGUUUGAAGAGAGAUUUGGUAAUUUUUUAUUUGAUUUUAUUUUUCUAUA